UACAAAUUAAAAUAUUGAAUUGAUUGAUGAUGUUUAUCCUCUCCAACGGACACCAUUAUUGAACUCAACUCCAGUUGUUGUAUUUUACCGUUGCAAUUCCAUUUCCUCAAUCACUCAAUCACUCACCUUAUAAAUACACAAAAACCCUAAUAAAGUCGAAGAAUUCAGAAUCACAAUUCACAUCACUGUAAUGGAAAAUAUGGUGAAAAACCUUCAACAAGUUCCAAUUCAAACUCCAAUAAUCGAGCCUCAAUCCACCAAAACACCAACUCCUCCACCACCUCCAGUUCAUCAUCAUCAUAAAGCCUCCAAUGAAUUGCGCAAACCUGUCACUCCAGAUCAUCUUAAACUCCCCAAAGCAUUCAAAUAUCCAGAAAGGUAUACAAGUCCAACUGAUAUGAUGAUGUCCCCGGUAACCAAAGGCCUCCUUGCCAGAAAUAAAAAGGGUGCUGCAAAGUUACCACCUGGAAUUGGAGCUAAAUAUCAGCCAAAGGUUCCAGAGAUGUGCUUGCAGGAUGUGAGUACUUUUCAAAACAAGCUUCCAAUGAUGAUUGAUGAGAAAAUCAACUCAACUUGAGGAAUUCAAUGGAGUUUUGUUAUACAUGAUGAAUUAUGUGGUAGUGGUUUCAGUGGAACUUAAAGAUGAAGAGUUUUGUUAGAGAGAGCUGUUGUAUCUUCUGAUUUUUGUUCCUAAAUAGGUUUUCUACCUAUAUAUACAUUGAUGUUAAAGAGUUUUGUACUUUCAAUUCUAUAGAACCUUAAAGAAACUUGUGUAAAAGAAUUCCAAUCAGAUGAUUUUGUUUUACCCUUCUA